AUGUUGAACCUGUGGAAAGAGAAGAAGAAGCCGAGGAAGUUCCAAACGUACGUGGAAUUAAAAGAAAAGCUACUGUCGGACGACCAAAGAACAAAACAGUCGGACCCCAUAGUCGAUAUUUUGAAUGUUCUUGAAACGAAAAAACGUGGUACAUCAAAGAAAAAAUUAUCAUUUCAGGGCUUUACUCUUACUCCCGAUACCCAGUUAUCUGUUGCUACUCCCAAUCUGACUUUAGAGACGAGCCCAUUUUUUUCACAAGUGUUGCUGGAAUUUGACAAGAACUAUGGUGAAGGAAACUAA